AUGUCAGAUCUCGAUGAAGACGCUGUUUUUGGCAGCGGCGACGCGGCAGAGGAUGUCGAGGAGCAGGAAGAAGAGCGCCCCGCGAAGAGCAAACGACGUGACUACGACGAGGUCGAUGACGAUGAGGAGGAAGAGGGAGAUGAGGAAGAUGAAGACGAAGACGAGGAAGACGAGGGCACGAAACGUGGUUCCAAGCGAGCCAAGCAUCGACACAAGCGUCCCACGGUCAACCGUUUCAUCGAUCUCGAGGCCGAGGUAGACGAGGAAGACGAAGAGGAGGACGAGGACGACGAGUUCUUUGCUUCAGAUGGGUUCCUUGCGGAGCCCGGUGUCGAGGGAGAAGACGACGACGACACCGCUCGGCGAGCGAGAGACCAUGCCCGCUAUGACCGCCGGGUCCGAGAGAUGGACGACCGGGACCUCCAACAGGUGGCGGAAGACAUCAGCCAACGGUACCGUAGGACGGCGGUGCGGUAUACGGGAGAGAUGAGCGACGUGCCUCAGCGACUCCUGAUGCCGUCUGUGCACGACGCCAAUUUGUGGCAAGUGCGAGUCAGGCCUGGAAAAGAGAGGGACAUCGUCUUCAGCCUCAUGCGGAAAGCCAUCGACCUCGAAUAUUCGGCGCGCCCCACCAGCAUACUGUCCGCAUUCCAGCGCGACUCUCUUCCUGGCAUGAUCUAUGUCGAAGCUCGCAGCGCGAAACAGGUCAGCGAGGCCAUCAAUGGCCUGGUGGGUGUCUUCCCCAGCCGUGGUAUCGUCCUCGUGCCUAUCGAGGAAAUGGCGAGCUUGCUGCAAAUCAAGCAACAAGAACUUACCGUGACCCCCGGCAGCUGGGUCCGUAUUAAGCGCGGCAAGUACCAGGGUGAUCUCGCUCAGGUCAUGGAUGUCACGGAGAACGGCGAGGAAGUCGGGCUCAAGUUCAUCCCCCGUAUCGACCUCAACCCGAAGGACCAGGUGACGGUGGAUGGCAAGAAACGGAAGAAGUCUGGGCUUGGCCUCUCCUCCUUCAACAUGCGGCCUCCCCAACGCUUCUUCAACUACGAGGAAGUCGCGAGAGUUUAUGGACGGAAGUCGGUCGUGAAGCGAAACGUCGUAUUUGUGUUCCAGAACGACACAUAUAAGGACGGGUUCAUCGAGAAAGACUUCCGCCUCACCGCGCUUCAGCUAGACGACGUCAAUCCCACGCUCGACGAGAUCACCCGUUUCACCCGCGGUCAAGACGGCAACGACAACGAGGCGAAUGUGGACCUUUCUAUUAUCGCGGAGGCGUCUCGCAAGGCUGCCAUCUCCGUUCUCCAACCCGGUGAUCACGUCGAAGUCUUCGAGGGUGAACAGUCCGGCGUCCACGGUACCGUGCACAGUAUCGAACAAGACGUCGUCACCAUCGAACCUGUCGGCGUCGACUUUGAUGGACAACGGAUACAGCUGCCAGCACGAUCCGUCCGGAAACGCUUCAAGCCUGGAGACCACGUCAAGGUUAUGACGGGUAAGAACGCUGAUGAGACAGGUUUAGUAGUCUCGGUCGUGGACAACGUUGUCACUUUCUUGUCCGACAUGUCAAUGCAGGAGGUCUCCGUCUUCUCCAAAGACCUACGCGAGGCAGCGGAAGUCGGGACCGGUACAAACAUCGUUGGAAACUAUGAGCUACAUGACCUAGUUCAGAUCGAUCACCAGACCGUCGGUGUCAUCUUCAAAACGGAGCGCGAUUCGUUUCGUGUAUUGGACCAACAUGGCCAAGUUCGCCUCGUGCAGCCUCAUCAAAUCUCAAUGCGGAGGGACUCAAACCGAGCUAUCGCCGUAGACUCCCAAGGCUUCGAGCUGCGCGCCGGCGAUAACGUGAAGGAGGUCGAUGGCGAGAGCCGCAAAGGUCGCGUCCUGCAUACACAUCAAUCAUACCACGCGUUCUUACACAAUCGCGACUACACCGAGAACGGAGGCGUGUUCGUGACUCGUUCACGGUCGCUUCAGUCGUUGGCGCCGAAGGGCAGCGUCAUGAAACUCGGCAACACCGACUUGUCGAAGAUGAACCCAGCCCUCAGCGGUGGCGCGGGCGGUAUGGUCGGAUCAGGGACGAUGGGUCGGGGACCUCGCGACAGACUCAUUGGUGUCAACGUCAUGGUCAUCAAGGGCCCCAACAAGGGUUACGCUGGUGUUAUCAAGGACACCAACGGACCGCAUGCCCGUGUCGAGCUGGUUUCCGGCAACAAAAUCAUUACCAUUGACAAGGAGAAGCUCAGGCGGCGAAGCGCGAACGGUCUCGAGGAACUGGAGAGGCCAAUGGGCAUGGCGACUUCCCGCGUCGGGUUCGGAGGUGGACAGACCCCCAAUCCAUACAGCCAGGGUGUCGGCGGUGGUGGGCGUACACCAGCCUGGGGAAACACUGGACGCACGCCGAAUCCCUACAACAACAGCCAGACGCCUGGAUGGGGAGGUGGGAACUCGCGCACGCCAAACCCGUACGCAGAAAGCGGCAAGACACCGGCAUGGGGGGAUAACUCGUCUCGAACACCGAAUUCGUUCAACACAGGAGGUGGAGGGAAGACCCCGGCAUGGAACUCAUCAUCACGGACACCGAAUCCGUAUGCGAACGGUGGUGGGGCGUCGGCUUGGGGCGGAGCGACGCCAGGACGGCCGACGAACGCAGGGGGAGCCGCCAGUGGAUGGGAUGCGUGGGAUCGCGGUGCGCCGACGCCGUACGCGGCUGCCUUCACACCUGGCGCGCCGACGCCGGGGCCGUAUACUUCCUUGCAAACUCCCGGAGUGUACGAAUUCCAGACACCAGCGGCGACGAACGCUUAUCCAAUGACCCCUGCUGUCCUUGGCGGUGCGGGCUACGGCAGUGCCGACACGCAGUUCGAGGUAUCGCCGACCUGGCUACUCGAUCCGGAUCUCAAGGACAAGGUCAACGGGAUGUUCGUCGAGGUCAAGGGCUCGUUCGGCGCCGACGGCUGGCACAACGGCGACUACGAGGGCAAGCAGGGUGUCGUCCUUAGCGUGCUUGCCACUGGCAACGACACCUUUGAAUCCACGGCGCGUGUGCGCUUCCUCGAUCCCGUUGAUCGCCUGCAGCCGAUCCUGGCCGUCCCGGUCCAUUUGCUGUCCCCUAUCCAUCCUGAGAAGCAGGGCGAAGAAGUGGUCAUCCUUGCCGGAAACAACAAGGGCCUCGAGGCUCGUGUGGAAGAUGUGGAGUCUAGCAGUUCCAUGGUCCUGACCACAAAAGCCACGUUCCUUGUCGUCGAGAGCGCACCCGAGCGGCUCGUCCUCUUGCGGCACAUUGACGAAGUCGGGAACAUCCUCCGAUGA